CACGAAAGUCGGACAGAAAGAGAAGCGACGCGUUUGAUGCUUGAUGGGUCGCUCGAAGGGAUACAGGAAGAAGCACGGGACCAAACACCGAGGCAGGGACACCGACCAGAUCCACCGAGAUCUCGCCAACCCGCCCGCACACAAGAUAGACGACGACCUCCCCGGACGAGGUCGGCCUGCACACGACGGACUGCCUGUGGUUGCAUCCCUCAUCUCUGUCUGUCUGUCUGUGUGUCACACACAGGUCAGUUCUACUGCAUCUCGUGUGCGCGUUACUUCAUCACUGAGGACGUCCUCAAGAAGCACUGCGACAGCAAACAGCACAAGCGGCGACUGAAAACCGCCCUCGAAGCGCCGUGGACACAGCAGGACGCCGAGGCUGCUGUCGGCCUGACCACCGAGUGA